AUGGACCCCCACCACAGAAGAACCAUGGUCACCGUCCUUGCCGAAAUUGGCGCCUCAGCCCUCAUCACCUUUUGUAUCACAAAGUUCGCCGACCGUGAAUACUACAAGCAAUCGGCUGCCGAAUUGAAACAAGGCUUGAAAAGAGAGUUGCAAGCUCAAUUGGAAGAAUCAACCGCAAAAUAUGAGACCCUCAUCUCUUCCAACUCCAAGGCCAUCACCGCCAAAAACUCCCAAAUCGACGAGUUGAACUUGAAGAUCUUGAACUUGGAAAAAUCCCACCACGACAAAGUCGCCAGCUUAAACUCCGACUCUGCUAAAUUGAACAGCCAAUUACAAGCAUUUGCCGCCGAAAAACUGCAAUUGGAAUCGACCAUCAAACAGUUGAACUUGUCUAUCGACAAACUCACCGCCGAUCUUGCCACCGAAAAAACCAUGUUAUCUAAGACCAAACAAGAAAUUACAGAGUUAUCCGCAAAAAUCGACACCCUUGAAGCCGAAAAAAUCGCUGCUGCCGAACACUUGAAAUCUUCUAUCAAUUCUAAGGACGCCGAGAUUUCUACCUCUAAGGAUGAAAUUUCCAAAUUAUCCGGAUCGUUGGCCGAGUUCACCGAAAAACACUCUUCUCUUUCUAAAGAUUUGGAAUUGAAACAAUCAAUCAUCGCCAACCAUGAAAAACUUACCAAAGAGUUAGAAACUAAAUUAUCUGCCAAACAUCAAGAAUUGGACCAAAUGUCUUCAAAGCAUGCCGCGGCUACCUCGGAAAUUGAAAUCUCCAACUCUAAACUUUCCAGUUUACAAAGUGAAUUAAAAGCAACAAAAGAACAACUAUCUGCCAAAGAAGCCCAAUUGGCAGACCAAUUGAAAAAAUUCGAAGACGAAAAAUCAGCGCUUUUGGAAUCUCAAAAAUUGAAAAUCGCCGAGUUAAGCGACGAAUUGAACAAAAAACAUGAAUUGUUGACUGCAAAACAACAAGAAUUGGAUAACGCCAGCAAGACUUCAAAAGACGCCAGCGAUUCUCAAAUUAAAGACUUGAAUAGCAAAAUCAGUUCCUUGUCAACUUCUUUGACCGACAAAGAAGCGGAAAUUGAAACCAAAUCCAAGGAACUCUCCACCAAGACUUCCGAAUAUGAAGCAAAACUUUCUUCCACCAAAGCCGAACUUGCCGCUUCUGCCGCUACCAUUUCCGAAUUGCAAAAGGAUUUGGAUGCUAAAAUCGCUGAAUUUGAAGCCUUAGAAGGGUCCUCCAAGUCAUCCACCGAUUCAGAAAUCACCAAGCUCAAGGAAGAAUUGAAGGCUUUGAAAGAAGAACAUACCAAGCAUUUGGCAGAAUCAAAGGCCUCUCAUGCCACCGAAUUGGAAUCAAAGAAUAAGGAAAUCGCCAAUAAGACUAAACAAUUGGACGAGUUGACUUCAACCCACGUUGGUGAAUUAAAAUCCAAGGCUACAGAAAUUGCUGCCAAAACCAAGGAAUUGGAAGAUUUGAAACAAACCCAUGACAACGCUAUCGCCACCAAGUCCAAAGAAUUAGAAGCUUUGAAAUCUACCCAAGAAAAGGAAUUGGCUGCUAAAUCUGAAGAAUUAUCUGUCAAAUCUGAAGAAUUGUCUGCGAAAUCUAAGGAAUUCACCGCCAAAUCUGAAGAAUUGACCACCAAAAGCUCCCAGCUCCAAGCUAAAGUCGAAGAAUUAACUAAACAAGUCGAAACCUUGAAGUCUGCCAAGGAAGAAGCUAUUAAAUCUUCAACUUCAGAACAUAGUGCUGCCAUCAAGAAAUUGGAAUCGUCUCACGCUGAUGAAAUCAAGAAAUUGGAAACCUCUCAUAAAAGUGCAACUGAAGAAUUAUCCACUAAGCAUAAGUCUGAAAACUCUGCCAACGAAUCCAAAAUCACCGAUCAAGAAGCCCAAAUCAAAACUCAAGGCUCCAAAAUCGAAGAAUUGACUAGUGAGAUUGCUACUUUGAAAUCAGAAAUCAGUCAAAUCCAAGCUAAAGCCUUGGAAGCAUCUGCAACAUCGGCUUCCACCAAGGUCGACGAUGACAAAGAAAAUUUGCCAAUUGAAGGAAAGGCCCUUGAAGCUUGA